AUGCAAUUUGAAAAAAAAUGUAUACGACAAAAUCUAUCGUUGUUUGAUAUUGUUGAUAAUUCUGCUUAUGGUGAUCCAAUAUAUUUUAUAGCUGCUGUAUUAGAUCCAUCAUUUAAAUUUUUAUGGAUUCGUGAUUUAAAAUUACCUAUUCCAAUGGAAAAUCGUUUAAAACAACACAUAAUCGAAUUGAUUAUUAAUGAAAUGAAAAAAGAUUUACCAGCAUCAACUAUUGAACCAGUGAAGAUUAAUUUUUCUUCAAUAUCAUCAUCAAUAUUUUCUUCUUCUACUACUACUACACCACAAAGAAAAAGACGAAAAUUGUUUAAUUAUGAUGAUAAUAUUAUCAAUGAUUCAAAUGCAUCGUCGACACUUGAUCCUGCUGUAGAAUUAGAUGCAUUUUCAAAAUGGUCCAGUUCGUUCAAAUUUUUCGAAUUACUGGUUCCAUUCACUACUAAAAAUUUUGAAGAACUUAAUUGUACGAAUUUUCUCAGUUCAAGCAAGUUCAGCUCCAAUUGA